AAGUUUUCAAAACGUCAAAAUAUCGGUUUUCGAUCAGCGUAUCGCAAUACUUAUCGUUUUCAUGUCUGAACCGUUAAAUAAAGGUAAACCGGUAAUAUUGCGCAGCCCUAGUUGUUGCGAACAGAACCAACACGCAUUCUAAAAGGGCUCUCCUUUAUCGCCACUGAAAUCAGACCCACAGAAAUCUCCUUCUGCUUAGAUUUAAGUUAGCCACGGCUGCAUACCCUCAACAUAUUCUAUUCAUGACAAACACGCAAGCAGGUCUACCAAGGUACUCGUAAAUGGCCUAUGAAAUGCCCUUUUAUCGUUCUGGUGAGGUCCCAUCCAUCAGUAGAGCAUAGCACAAUAGGUAUAAAGCAUCACCUAGAUCUCACCUGGAAGAUAGGAAAAUAGACCCGGCGCCACCCCGCAGUCUGUACUGGUCACUGAAACGGUCAAAUGGACAUGGGGCAUCGCGGCGAGUUGAGGUCGGACUUGGGUAAGAUGGACGCGCUGUGACGACUGGUACCGAAACCGGACUGUUCUAAUGAUGAGGCUCCAUCCCCGUCGUGCUGUCGUUGGAGUGCUGAUAUGCUUGGCGUUCAUGCUGAGCAGCGCCAUCAUUUCGAAGACGGACGACAGUGUGGUGGUCAUGCGCAAAGACAAGAAAGGUCACGUGACAGCGAAGUCUCCUUCUAAACCUGGUCCAAUGUCUGGAUCUCAUCCCAGUACAAAGGAUGAGUACUGCGAAGAGAAACAAUACGACGACAUCGUGAACCCAGCAAUGUUCAAACAGUUUUUGGUUGACGACAAAUACAAGAUCAUAUACUGCCAGGUACCCAAGGCUGCUUGCACCAACUGGCGGAGGAUGAUGUUGAUGCUGACGGGGAAGAUGAAUGCAACGGACCCUUUUAAGCUGAGAUCCCCCCUUGUCCAUGGAGUAUACGACCGUCAUUUGACCCAUCUCAAGGACAUGACACCAGACCAGAUCAAAUAUAGGUUGAAACAUUAUUACAAGUUCAUGUUUACCCGUGAACCUUUUGAACGUGUACUCUCAGCCUUCAGGAACAAGUUCCAAGGCAAGAACGUCAAUCAGUUCUUUCAGAAUCAUUACGGAAAGAACAUCAUGAAACGAUUCAGGACUAAAGGUCAAACAGGCGUUAAAUUGACGUUCUAUGAAUUUGUGCAAUAUCUGAUAGAUUCUUCAAGGUCGGAACCGUUUAAUGAACACUGGGAAAGGAUCGUAGAUUUGUGUCACCCCUGCAAAGUUAAAUAUGAUUUCAUUGGAUCCUAUAGUAACAUUGGUGCAGAUUCCGCUUUUGUGUUGAAAAGGAUUGGAGCCACCCAUCUGAAGUUUCCCGACCGUUCUGUGACGUAUAAACAUAGUGGCACGGAACAGUUAUUGUACCAGUAUUACCGUGAAAUCCCCCCUGGCCUUCUGGAUCAGCUCUUUCAGGUGUAUUAUUCCGAUUUUCUUAUGUUUGACUACCGAGUUCCGGACGCCUUGAGGAACCUGACUCAAUGGCGUUUCGGUUUCUAGACGACUAAAAUCGUUACACCGGACCAGGAAGAUAUUAAGUGUGAAGUAUUGUCCAUAUCUGGAAUAUGAACAAAAGACUUUACCUAUAAGUGUUCCGGUCGUGGAAAUGUAUUGUUCAUAUCUGGAAUAUGAAAAAAGACCCUAAAUCAACAAGCUGUAAGUGUUCCGGGUCUCGGGAAUGUAUUACUUUCGAUAUGUGGAAAAUCAAACUUCGAUCCCAUGGCAAUAAUGCAGAAGUGUUUUUGCUCAUGGAGUUAAAUGACAUGAACCUUACACCCGAUGUCAAGUAUGCAUGUAAACGUCUUCCGACAAGUUAUGGGUGCAAUAUAACUGUAAACGCCACGAAACAAGCAACUGGCAAUCUGUUUUCGAGAUCUUCAGUCGAAUGAUACCAGUGUUGACAGGCACAGUGGUAUUCGGCCGUAUGGAUAUAUAUUGUGUGUCAGUCAUGAGAGGACUUUAGAUCACAUUCAACCGUGUAGAAAUCCUGGGUUCGUGGAGUGUAUUAUUUUCCAUUUUGAAUUGAUACCCUUUGAUAAACAUCUUCUGUUCUAGGUGGCAUAUAUCAGUACACGUCUGGAAUAUAAACCCGAAAGUCUUUUCGUCAUGAAGCCAAAUGACACCGUCACUACCACUUGCAAGCCUCGCUGGUUGGUUUCUGACGGUCUGUUAUUUGACGCAGUUUUUAUUCCAAUAGAACACGCUGUUUAUCGUUAUUCAAGGGAAACACGUUACUAUAUUUCAAAAGAGAAAUCGUCAAAUGAAAGCCAAUGGAAGAGAAGGCAUUUCUUUCUGGUAUUUCUUGAGGUCCGAAUUCAAAGACAAUUUUAUUUUUCUCGGGAAAUCUUACAGUUUCACCAAGAUGUAUAGAUUAUAUACUACCCAUUAUCUUGUCCAAUACACAUCAUAAGCCAGUCAAUAAACUGUGCUAUUAUAAUUUUAUCCGAAGUGCAAUAACAUACAAUUCAUGUAUAUCUUUAGAAUGAAUAAAGUGUUAUGUCAA